UUUAAAAGGUCGAGUGAAGCUGAGGCUCACGUUUUUGCGUGCCUGCGCUCUCUUCAGGCAGAACAAAGACCCAGGCAGAAGAGGCAGAGGCUGAGACUCAUCCCAAAUCUCUUUUCCUGAGAUAAUUUUGGAAUCAUGCCUGAAAUGCUGGAGGACAUGGAACAGGAGGAAGUUAACGUCCCCAGUAGGCGGGUUCUGAUUACUGGUGCCACUGGGCUUCUUGGCAGAGCUGUGUAUAAAGAAUUUAAGCAGAAUAAUUGGCAUGCCUUUGGCUGUGGUUUUAGAAGAGCAAGACCAAAAUUUGAACAGGUUAAUCUUUUGGAUUCUGAAGCGGUUCAUCACAUCAUUCAUGAUUUUCAGCCCCAUGUCAUAGUACAUUGUGCAGCAGAGAGAAGGCCAGAUGUUGUUGAAAAUCAGCCAGAUGCUGCUUCUCAACUUAAUGUGGAUGCUUCUGGGAAUUUAGCAAAGGAAGCAGCUUUAAUUGGAGCAUUUCUAAUCUACAUUAGCUCAGAUUAUGUAUUUGAUGGAACAAAUCCACCUUAUAGAGAGGAAGACGUACCAAGUCCCCUAAAUCUGUAUGGCAAAACAAAAUUAGAAGGAGAAAAGGCUGUCCUAGAGAACAAUUUAGGAGCUGCUGUUUUGAGAAUUCCUGUUCUGUAUGGAGAAGUUGAAAAGCUUGAAGAAAGUGCUGUGACUGUGAUGUUUGAUAAAGUGCAGUUCAGUAACAAGUCAGCUAACAUGGACCACUGGCAGCAGAGGUUCCCCACACAUGUCAAAGAUGUAGCCACUGUGUGUCGCCAGUUAGCAGAGAAGAGAAUGCUGGAUCCAUCAAUUAAGGGAACCUUUCACUGGUCUGGCAAUGAACAGAUGACUAAGUAUGAAAUGGCAUGUGCAAUUGCAGAUGCCUUCAACCUUCCAAGCAGUCACUUAAGACCUAUAACUGACAGUCCUGUCUUAGGAGCACAACGUCCAAGAAAUGCUCAGCUUGACUGCACCAAAUUAGAGACCUUGGGCAUUGGCCAGAGAACACCCUUUCGAAUUGGAAUCAAAGAAUCACUCUGGCCUUUCCUCAUUGACAAGAGAUGGAGACAAACGGUCUUUCAUUAGUGUAUGUGCAGUUUGUUUUUUUUUUAUUGAGAAGUAUAGUAUGUGGCACUUUUUAAAGAAAAAAGGAAAUAGUUUUGUAUGAGUGCUCUUUAAUUGUGACUCAUGAUCUUUCAGGUAAAUGAUGCUCUUGCACUAGUGAAAUUGUCUAAAGAAACUAAGGGCAAUAAUGCCUCAUUUGAAGUAAUGAUUUUUCUUUUUAUCAUUUUGUUCUGGCUUAACUUUGUUUGAGUAUAGUGAAUUAUGAUUCUUAAAUAUUUACGAGCCAGGAUGAGACAGAUCUACUGUAGACUUUUUCUUGGAUGAAAUGCAUUAUUCAUUCCUAUAACCUCUACAUUUUCAGGACUUUUUGCAACUGUUGACCUUUUUAUGUUUUAAAGUGAGUUAAAUAGUAUGAAAAUCAUUGGUGUUCAUUAUUUGCAUUGCUUGAGCUCUGAUCAAAAUGUUUGAAGAAAGAAACUUUAUUUUUGCAACUUAUGUGCAGUUUUUAAGCUUGAGAUAUUUCAACAUGUUAUGUAUAUUGGAACUCCUGUAGCUUGAUGCCUCCUGCUUUUGUAGCAGUGUAUGGUGAGCACUUGACAGAGAGAGUAUGUGUGUAUGUGUAUGUGUUUUUUUAAUAUGUGUAAAACUGUCCUUUUCACUCUAUGUCACUAAGUGAUAUUUCAUAUCUGUGGUUAUACUAAUAAUGAUGGGCCUUAUAAGUCUUUUGGCCAUUCAAAAAUAAUAAUAAAUAUGUACUGCUGGCAUGGUAAUGCUUAGUUUUCUUUUAUUUACUUUUUAAAUGUAAGGACCAAACAUCUAAACUGACUGGUAUUUUGUUGCUUUAAUUUUUAAAAAUUAUAUUCUUAUGUAACAUCUGAUGCCUAUAUAUAGUUAAUAUCUAUCGAGAUAUAAAUAAUAAAAAUGAACCCUGGUGAACUCCACUUGAGACUUA